UAAUAAAAAGCGUGAUCGAAACAAAGAAGUCGAUCAAUGGCGCCGGCGGCUCACCGGGACGGUGGCGCGCCGGAGACGGAGCGGAGGGUCUUCCACUUCGGCAAGGGCAGGAGCGACGGCAACAAGGCCAUGAAAGACCUGCUGGGCGGGAAGGGCGCGAACCUGGCAGAGAUGGCGAGCAUCGGGCUGUCGGUGCCGCCGGGGUUCACCGUGUCCACGGAGGCGUGCCGGCAGUACCAGCAGCUCGGCGGCGGGGCCAUGCCGCCGGGGCUAUGGGACGAGGUCCUCGACGCGCUGCGGUGCGUGGAGCGCGACAUGGGCGCCGGCCUCGGCGAUCCGCGCUGCCCGCUGCUCCUGUCCGUGCGCUCCGGGGCCGCCGUCUCCAUGCCCGGCAUGAUGGACACCGUGCUCAACCUCGGUCUCAACGACGACGUCGUCGCCGGCCUCGCCGACCGCAGCGGCCGGCGAUUCGCCUUCGACUCAUACCGCCGGUUCCUUGACAUGUUCGGCAACGUGUUUUAUUGUAUCAAGUUACCAAUCUGA